AUGUUUAUACGAUCGCCUCUAAAAUUAUGCUGUACAGUUUCUAAAGCAAUAGUCUGGCGAGAAUUAAUUUUUCGGAUAUCUGCAACUUUAGGAUCUACAGUACCCCGGCCAAAACAGGCUGCAGAAGAAACUUCCGUUUUUUCAUCAGCUUAUCUUGUGAAGAAAGCUCCGUUGUCAUGGCAGCCAUAUUUGAAACUAAUGCGUGUUGAUAAGCCUACAGGCACGUGGUUACUGUUCUGGCCAUGUGCGUGGUCUAUUGGAUUAGCAGCACCGGCUGGUGCAUGGCCAAAUCUUCAAGUUUUGGCACUUUUUGGCGCUGGAUCGUUUCUUAUGCGUGCAGGAGGAUGCGUGAUAAAUGAUAUACUUGAUCAGAAACAGGAUAAAAUGGUAGAAAGGACAAGAAAUAGACCUUUACCUAGUGGGCAACUUACAAACAAGGAUGCAGUUAUCACAUUAGGUUUUCUUCUCUCCGGUUCUCUUGCAGUUCUUCUGCAGUUCAAUUGGUUCAGUGUGGCGGUUGGAGCGUCGUCUUUGAUAUUUGCUUUAUUGUACCCUUUCGCAAAAAGAUGGACGUACUGGCCUCAAGUCGUUUUAGGAAUAACCUUAAAUUACGGUGUUUUGAUCUCGUGGGCUCAUUUGCUUCCAAAUAAUUUUCUGCAAGUCACACCCUUAUUUGUUGCUACUGUAAUACAUACUAUUAUUUACGAUUCUAUUUACAGUCACCAGGUAUAUCGUGUGACUAGCUUUAAUCCGACUUUGCCAUCACGUGCAGGUUUUGCUUUCAACUACGGUGUGAUCCUCGGUUGGGCGGCAAUUAAAAACAGCUUUGAUUUGGUAAUUAUGCCUUUUUAUAUUGGUCUCAUCGCUUGGACCGUGGUUUAUGACACUAUAUACGCGCUUCAGGACAAGAUAGAUGAUGUUAUUGCUGGCGUCAAAUCAACUGCGCUUUUAUGGGGAGAUCAAACAAAGUAUUGGCUAACAGGUUUUGCUUCACUCGCAACUGGCCUACUUUGUGUCAGUGGCAUUAUUACUCACCAAACCUGGCCUUAUUAUCUGGGGUUAGCUGGAACCGCAGCGCAUCUAGGCUGGCAAAUUGGAACGCUAAAGAUUGAUGAGCCCGCAGACUGCUGGAGUAAAUUCAAAAGUAACCAGGUUUGCAUUAAAAACUAA